GGCCGCCCCUCACCUUUGAUUAACCGUUUAAUUCUCAAUAUAUUCUUCUAAUAAAUAUGUCUCUGUAUGUGUAUAUAUAUAUGCAUAUAAUAAAAAAUCAGAAAUCUAUAUCAAAUUUCAAUCAGUAAUUCCUUAGUAAUAAAAAUCAAAUCAAUGGCGUUAGCUGUUACUUGUUCAUCUACUUCAAUCUUUUUUUCAUCCUUUAAUUCUAAUUCUAAUUCACAUACACAGCAAGCAGCAGGGGUGGUUCAAAGUAAUUUCCAUCAUCAGUCGCCGGCGGGCCUGAAAUUGAGCCGGAAAACAGGUGCUGCUGCCGAGUCAAAUAAAAGAAAUGAUUCAAUUAUUGUUCCUUCUGCUGCUACCAUUUCUGCUCCUGAUGUGGUGAACAAAGCUGUAGAGGUUGUGGACAUAGACAAAUUGUCAAAAGAUCUCGACAAGGCUUCUCCACUUGAAAUCAUGGAUAAAGCCCUUGCAAAAUAUGGGAAUGAUAUUGCCAUAGCUUUCAGUGGGGCUGAAGAUGUUGCUUUGAUCGAGUACGCUCACUUGACCGGACGUCCCUUCAGGGUCUUCAGCCUUGACACUGGACGGCUAAACCCAGAAACUUACAAGUUCUUUGAUAUUGUUGAGAAACAUUACGGCAUCCGGAUUGAGUACAUGUUUCCAGAUGCUGUAGAGGUACAGGCCUUGGUAAGAACCAAAGGACUGUUCUCGUUUUAUGAAGAUGGUCAUCAAGAAUGUUGUCGUGUAAGAAAGGUGCGACCUUUGAGGCGGGCUUUGAAGGGCUUGCGGGCCUGGAUCACGGGUCAACGAAAAGACCAAUCUCCAGGGACAAGAUCAGAAGUUCCGGUAGUCCAGGUAGAUCCUGUUUUUGAAGGGUUGGAUGGUGGCUCUGGUAGCUUGGUGAAGUGGAACCCCAUGGCUAAUGUAGCCGGUAACGAUAUAUGGAACUUCCUUCGAACCAUGGAUGUCCCGGUUAACUCAUUGCAUGCUCAGGGGUAUAUCUCCAUAGGUUGCGAGCCCUGCACAAGGUCCGUCUUGCCUGGUCAACAUGAGAGGGAAGGAAGAUGGUGGUGGGAAGAUGCUAAAGCAAAAGAAUGUGGGUUGCAUAACGGAAACCUUAAGGAGGAAAACGGAAACGGAAACACAGCUGUUAAUGGUAAUGGGAGUUCCGUGGCUUCUGAUCUCUUUGAGAGCCAAAACAUUGUGAACUUGAGUCGGCCUGGUGUCGAAAAUCUUCUCAAGAUGGAAGACCGAAAAGAUGCUUGGAUGGUUGUUCUUUACGCACCUUGGUGCCCGUAUUGUCAGGCAAUGGAAGCAUCAUAUAUCGAAUUAGCUGAUAAGAUAGCCGGAAGCGGUGUGAAGGUUGGCAAAUUCAAUGCCGAUGGUGAUCAGAAGGCAUUUGCUAAACAAGAGUUGCAGCUAGGGAGCUACCCUACCAUCCUUUUCUUCCCAAAGCACUCAUCAAGACCGAUCAAAUACCAGCCUGAGAAGAGAGACGUUGACUCUUUGAUGGCUUUCAUCAACGCCCUUAGAUGAUCAAGACAAAGAAGAAACAUGAUGUGUCGUUUGCUCGUUUGAGGACUUGUACGCAGAGAUGUGUAAAGAUGGGUUUUGGUAUUCGUCUAGUCGUCGUUGUAUAAUAUGUUCGUGUACUGUUUCUAUUUUGUUUUAGUGGUCCCGGUUUUGGUCUUCUGGUUGAUGCGAGUAGAUAAUGAAAUGUUAGGUUGCAUUUUGUAAUCAAAGUCUCUUGAUUCAAGGAGAUGUAGUCGUGUCAGGGGAAUCAUCGUUUCCAGAUGUCUCGUUAAUAAGGUUAAGAAGAUGUUUAGUUAUUAAUGGGGAUUGUAAAGUAUGAAUGUAUGAUUCUUUGGUUAAUGUUUAGGAAAUAAAAGUCGAGGGUUACGUUUUUGAUCCCGGGGGCGUUCCCCCUCAUUAA